CUGAUUCCCCAACAUCUCUCCAGCAGCUGCUAUUCUUGACUGCAUCCUCCUCUCAAACUGAGCUGGCCAUCCUCACCACUCGUCCCCAGAACACAGCGACCGCAUAUGGCCACGGCAUGCCAAUAAGCGGAAUUCGAGUGCGCCAAGCCCACAUUCCACAGCGAGCACCCGACGACCUCUGAUCUUGGCCCGUCGUAACUCUGCUGUCCAUGGCGCACAUCUGGCGGCUCGUCAGACGCCAUGGCGAUGAUGGCGACAUGGACGACAUGGAUAUGGAGAUGGAGAUGGGAGGUUCGAGCUCAUCUUCCAUGACACCUCUUUCGGCGGAUGGCGUCGACUUCUCCAACGGAACCCAGGCCAUGGACUUCCUUUCAGAUCUCCUGGACGACACAUAUCUGAAGAUCGAUGGAGCGAACUAUGCCAAGUAUUUCUGGUACGGUAUCGUCGUUGUGGUGGGCAUUGCGACUUUGUUCAACUUUGCGCGCUGGUUGACACUACACCAAAGACUACGUGCCGCUGCACGAGGAUAUCAUAGACCUGCUAGACCGAAAGGCGUGCUCGCGGGCGGCCUGGCAACCAUCACGGCUGUCGGACGAGAGGCAUCGUAUCUUCAAUUCACGCCAACAACCAAGUAUCUGUUCUUGAGAAUUCCUACCUUUGGGACGAUACUGUUGGUUCUGUCAUAUCUGGCGUUUAUAAUUGCACUUGAGUUUGCCGACAACAACAUCGCGGGUGCACAGUAUUUGCAAGGGCUCGGUGUACGCGCGGGCUGGCUUGCAAUAGCACAGCUACCUCUUCUUGUUCUUCUUAUCAGCAAGAACAGUGUCAUCGCUUCCUUGACUGGCACUUCUUGGGAGCGUCUGAAUGUGCUCCAUCGAUGGGUAGCAAGGGGGAUGCUGCUGCUGGCCAUCUUCCACUUCGCCUUCCAAAGCACGGCCUGGCAGAAGUAUAAUGUCAUGGAGCUCGAAUGGAAGACAGACGACUGCCCAGUGACUGGCAUUGCAGCUUUCGCAAUCCUGCUUUGGAUGAAUCUUAGCACACUCGCUCCUUUACGAUAUCUGUCUUACGAAUUCUUCGUUGUACAGCACAUCCUUACCUGGUUCGGCUUUGUGGUGGCUCUCAUGUUCCACCUUCCAAGCACGGCUUUGUCGAGCAGAGUUUACGUCUACAUCCCAAUUGGCAUCUACCUCGCGGAUCGCAUUCUGAGAAGCCUUAUGCUUGCUCGGAACAACCUUCGAAUCAGCCGAGCCACCAUGGUGCAGCUCGAUGGCGGUGUUACGAAGCUACGAAUCUCGAACAAAGCGAUCAAGCGCUGGAGACCCGGCUCGCACGUACUGCUUUCGAUACCACGUUUCGGCAUCAUGCAGAGCCACCCUGCAACGAUCGUAUCGACUCCAAGAUCACACAACGGAGAUCUCGUCUUCAUGCUGAAAGGCCAUCAGGGCUUCACCAAGAAGAUCUUCCAUGGAGCCAACACGUCGACAGAGGCUCUUAUUGACGAGCCUAAAGAGGCCGGCGACGUCGAAAGGCAUACCCAGGUCACCCAAAGCACCCACAUCGCUAUUAUCGAUGGUCCCUAUGGCGGAUCUCAAUCGGACUUCGCAGCAUUCGAUUCGAUAUGUCUCAUUGCAGGCUCCACAGGUGUAACAUUUACGGCAUCAAUCCUCCAAGAUCUCGCAGACCGCAUCUCGAGCCAGGGCAAGAAGUUUCCACUCCGGCGCAUACACUUCGUCUGGUGUGUGAAGGACAGCAAUUGGGCUCGGUGGAUCAGUGAUGAGCUGGAAGCGGCAUUCACCAAGCUACGAGACGGCAGUAUUGAUGUUAAGAUCUGCAUCUACGUCACCUGCGCAGACAAUUUCACAGAGUCUGGUAGCGAGCCCAAAGAAUGUGGUUGCGAAUGUGAUAAGAGCAAAGGACCUUGCUGCUGCGUAGUCGUGGAUGAGGUCGAUGAGGCGGACGCGAUUGAUGCAAUCACUCCGGCAAAAGACGCGGCCAAGGUGGCGGAGACUUCGGCCUCGAGUUCUCAGACUGAUGUGACGUCUGGCAGAAAGAUGCCGUUUUUGAGAUGCGCGACGUUUUACUCUGGCCGUCCAGAUAUGCAAGAAGUUCUCACCACGCUUCUAGAUGGUGCAGAUGGAGAGUCGGGAGUGGCCGUAUGUGGGCCACCAGGACUCAUUACCUCGACACGAAAUACUCUGGUGCGGCUUAGUGAUGAGAGAGCCAUCCAUAAAGGCUCUGGAGCACAGGGCUGCUACUUGCAUGCAGAGACAUUUUCAUAGCGAUAGCGGAAAUCCAGACUUCAAGCGUUG